GUGGCUAUGAGCGACUGGAGAUGAGUGCAAACUUACGGAUACCCCCGAGUGAGACCUCCCGCCGUCGAGUUCUCUUGAGAUCAUCAUCUUCUCUACAGACCCGUUCCCACCCAGGUGGCAGCAUGGAAUGCGGUUCCACUUGAGCUUACCUAACCAAGGAAGCCAGGCUCCCUUUUCUGGGGAGUGCCGAAGUGGCGCCUUAAUCCCGAAUCUUUUGCCCCACCUCCACACCCACCCGGAGACUGGCCGUUGUCCGUCACAAGCCGAGCAGUUCCGCCGUCAUGUCUUUUAAGAAUGCUGCCCUGGGGAUGGGCGAGCUGCCCGUGACACAACCCUCUAGCUUUUGUUUCUCCUCGAGCUUCAGAUUCUUGUCGUCUUAUCCUGUGUCUUUCCUUGCUAUCCCCCACAGUCCACAUUUGUCGUGGUCAUGGCAGGCCAAUUCAGAGUUGCGCUGCGUGUGUUGCCGCAUCUUAAUAAAGCCGGCUCGGUUCGGCUGUUCUCGUCACAUGCUUGCCCCCGGCAGGAGAUCCGAGAUGCCUACAUUCUGAGCGCGUCCCGGACACCAACAGCAAAAUUCAACGGAUCCUAUGUGAGCGUUACCGGCCCCCAGCUCGGCGCCGUCGCCAUCAAGUCCGCCCUCGAGAAGUCAAAGGUGCCCGUCUCCAAGAUCACUGAUGUCUACAUGGGCAAUGUCCUUCAGGGCUCUGUCGGGCAGGCCCCGGCGCGCCAAGCCUCCAUCUUCGCCGGUCUCCCCCCAACAGUCGAAGCCAUCACCAUCAACAAGGUGUGCGCCUCUGGGCUAAAAGCGGUUGUAUUUGCGGCGCAAAACAUUCAGCUAGGGAUAUCCGAGGCCCAGGUCGCCGGCGGUUUUGAGAACAUGUCGAGGGUGCCAUACUACUUGCCUCGCGCGAGCGGUUUGCCCGCGUUCGGCCACGUAAAAAUGGAGGACGGGCUGAUCAAGGACGGUCUUACCGACGUCUACGACCAGAUCCACAUGGGCAACUGCGCCGAGAACACGGCGAAGCAGUACGGUAUCACGAGGGAGGCGCAGGACCAGUACGCGAUCCAGUCGUACGAGCGGGCGCAGGCCGCCUGGAAGGCCAACGCUUUUGCCGACGAGAUUGCGCCUGUCACGGUAAAGGGCAAGAAGGGGGACACGAUCAUCAGCAUGGACGAGGGAUACCUCGACAUCAAGCUGGAGAAGGUGCCCACCCUCAAGCCGGCGUUCGUCCGCGACGGCACCGGCACCGUGACAGCGGCCAACUCGUCGACGCUCAACGACGGCGCCAGCGCGCUGGUGCUUGGCAGCAAGGCCAUUGCGCAGGAGUAUGGCGCCGGUUCGCGGGUCCUUGCGCGUAUUUGUAGCUCGGCCGAUGCUGCUGUUGACCCGAUUGAUUUCCCCGUUGCCCCUGCCAAGGCAGUCCCCAUUGCCCUGGAGCGGGCUGGUAUCACCAAGGACCAGGUCGCCGUGUGGGAGUUCAAUGAGGCCUUUGCCGCGGUAAUCAAGGCCAAUGAGAAGAUCCUCGGCCUAGAAGGUGCAAAGGUGAACCCGCUGGGUGGUGCCAUCUCGCUGGGUCAUGCCCUCGGCAGCUCGGGGUCCCGCAUCCUUGUGACGCUACUGCAUCAGCUCAAACCUGGCGAGUACGGCGUCGCGGCCAUUUGCAACGGAGGCGGCGCGGCAACAGCCAUGGUUGUGCAGAGGAUCGAGUCUGUGUAAACCAGGCAGCUGGGUCUCAGCCUGGUUGUCUCUGCUGGCAGCAACCUACACACACAAAUAUGCAAACCAUACUUGAUCAGAUGUAUUCUUAGGAAGCAGAAAAAUGCGGUUUUUGAGGAAUCCCGUCCUGCCGGACGUUAUCUUGCAUCUUGCCUGUAGUUAUGUUGCCUAUGGAAGGAAGCAGCCCUUGGAUAGCGUCUUGCACGCCGUGUUGUUUUGGAGGGCAGGGGUGGUUGUUGUGUACUUACAGGGUUAGGGUUAAUCAAGUCGAUAGUAGCUUCAG